AUGGCUAUCGGAGUACGGCAGAUUUGUUUGAUGCAGGCAGGUAGUUGUGGGGCACAGCUGUGCCAGGGUCGUUUUUCUUUGUGGAUUCGUUACCCCUUGCCCUCUUUCUUGUUCCUGAUGCUAUGGAGGCAGGCCUCGGACGAUGGGGAUGACGUCCAGCCGGGAAUGGAGCAGGCCUCGGAAGAUGGGGCCGACGUCCAGCCGGGAAUGGAGCAGGCCUCGGACGAUGGGGAUGACGUCCAGCCGGGAAUGGAGCAGGCCUCGGACGAUGGGGAUGACGUCCAGCCGGGAAUGGAGCAGGCCUCGGUCGAUGGGGACGACGUCCAGCCGGGAAUGGAGCAGGCCUCGGUCGAUGGGGACGACGUCCAGCCGGGAAUGGAGGCUACUGCACCUCCCAACCCCACCGCCGUCACUGCUGCUGCUACUCCGUUGCUAAUUCCCGCCGCCGCCGCGCCUGCUGGACUUGCAUUUCUGGACUGGCGAGAAUUUUGA